ACAUACUACUGUACAGUGUACAUAAUUUAAUUAAAUCAUUAUUUUCGUGAUAAGGCUUUGGGCUUGUAUGAACCUGCUGGCAGGAGUAUUAAGAAUUAAGGUGAAUUGAUUGUUAAAAAAAUAUCUAAAAGAUUCUACAUCCGACGAAGAUAUUUUAAGGCUUUCAGCUCAGUGUUUUAGUUCUGUUCUUUAAAGUAUUUUUAUAAACUGAAAUGACAUCAGUGAUUUCUCCCUCUGUUGAUUUGAGUUCUUAUAGAGAUCAGCACUUUAAGGGUUCCAGGGGUGAACAAGAACGAUUGUUAAGAGUUACUUCAACACUCUAUGUUGGAAAUUUGUCUUUUUAUACAACCGAAGAACAGAUUUAUGAACUCUUCUCAAAAUGUGGACAUAUCAAGAGAAUUGUUAUGGGAUUGGACAAGUACAAAAAAACACCUUGUGGUUUCUGUUUUGUUGAGUACUACACAAGACCAGAUGCUGAGAACUGCAUGAGGUAUGUCAACGGGACACGAUUGGACGAUCGGAUUGUCCGAACUGACUGGGACGCAGGGUUUGUGGAGGGGAGACAGUAUGGCCGAGGCAAAACUGGCGGACAGGUGCGUGACGAAUAUCGCACAGACUUUGACGGAGGUCGAGGAGGCUAUGGGAAGAUUAUUCAACAGAAGGUCGUCCCACCUGAUGUAGACUUUCGAUGAUCUCGGCACCAAUCAGCUGUGUGGAUCCUCACAGUGUAAAAGUCGACCAUUUUUCAAUUUUAUUUUGGUAAUGUGACGUGUGAAUAUUCUACCUUAACAUCAAUAUAAUUAUUCAUUAGUUAACGAAUAAAGGUUUACAUUUUGUUAAGGGCAUUUUGUUUAUCCAUAAUCUGAGAAUACCAUUAUAGAAGAGCAUCUAAUAUUCAUCCAUGCUUUUCAUAGGAGUAAAGAUGGUAAAUUUAUUAAUUUUUUUAAUUUUAACUGUCAAUUAUUUCAGAUUUUAUGUUAAAAUGAUUUUUUACUCUAGUGUUAACGUAUGCGUGAUCUCUUCAGAAUUUUAAAAACAUUAAACGCAAAACUGAUUACUGUAUUACACUUGUCUACUAAACAGAUGGUUACCAGUUUGAUUCUAAAUACAAGGAUGUAAAAUUUUGAGUGUUUUGACCACACACAGCUUUAAUUGGUCUGUUGGCUUUCAAUACAUUAUCUUAUCCUCAUGUUAAUAUUAUUGCCAGUUUAUAAAUCAAACUUGGCCGACAGAUUGCACUGAGAUGUAGAUUACUGGAUUUUGUUGAUUAAACUAAUUUCUUAAUCAAGUAAAACGAUAAGGACGACUUAUUUUUAGAUAUUAUAUUAGACUUAUAUUAAGAUUUAUGUAAUUGACAAGACACCAGUUACUGCUAUAAGCACCCAAUGUAACGUUAUUUGUGUCAAUAAAUUGAUUUGAUUUGA